AUGGCACGAAUAUCCCUGCGGACCGGCCUCGACCGUGACGUGUACCAGAUUGUAAAGAAGCUGGACGACGAGAGGGAAGGAGAGUGGCAGGCCAAGAAGAGCAGGGACAGAGACGGCGGCGCAAAGAGAAAGAGACCACCGAGGCUGACAGUGACGGCGAUCUAUGAGUCGAUUAAAAAGUCCAAUUCGAGCCUGAGCAGGCAAAAGCGGAAGCCGCUCGAGGACGCCAUCGAACGGGUGUUGGAAUUUCGCCGGGAAGAGGAGGAAGAAUCUGAGGACAGUGACGACCUCCUAGAGCAGGCUGAGGAGUACAAACCGGAAGAUCGAUUUCUUCUCAACAGACAAAUGACGAAGCACUGGAAUGUUGCUCCGGCGGUGCCCACUGCCCAGGGGUCAGACGGCAAAAGCACCAAGAAACGCCGCAUCUCACCCGAGCCCGAAGCCGCCAAUGGCAACGGCAAUAGCAACGGUGCCGGCACCGGCAAUGUUAGCGACGCCUCCGCCAUCGUCUCCAAGUCGUCCAAGUCCAAGACGGGCGACGCGACAGAGACCGCCCAGGCGGUCGUCACGAAGAAGGCGCUCAAGGCAGCCAAGUACGGCCCCGAGCAGAUCCCUCCCGGCUCGGUCGUCCUCGGCGGCGUCCGCGGCAUCAUCGAGGAGCUGCAGCGGUACGUCUUUGCGCGCGCGCGGAAGCCCGAGGACUUCGCCUGUUUCGGAGAGCAGCCUAUGGGAAUUCUCAUCUCAGGCCCACCGGGAACGGGCAAGCAGUCUCUUGUGCGAUCUCUUUCGUGGAGGACGAGGACGCCUGUCAUUUCUAUUGGGCGGUACCUGAGCGAGACGCGGUCGCCCGAGAAAGUGAGCAAGAUCUUCACCGAUGUGCUAGACGAGGCCAAGAAGAUUGCGCCGUGCGUCGUUCUCUUUGACCACCUGGACGAAUACAUGACCAAGUCGGGCAACAGCCACAGCGAGUUCGACCACGAGGUCAUUUCACAGCUCAAGCUCGGUCUCCGACGUCUGCGAGAAUGGGAGCGAGAGGGGCUCCGGGUGGUUAUCGUGGGCACAACGAGCAAGCUCGAGCUCGUCGACCCGACGCUGCGGAGACCAGACUACUUUGCGCAGACCAUUACGGUCAAGGUGCCCAACACGGACGCCCGAGAGGAGAUCUUCAAGGCUCUGACAAGAGAGCUCGACAUUCCCUCCGAAGUCGACUUCCAGGCCCUCGCGGUCCGCACGCACGGCUUCGUCGGCGACGAUAUCCGUGCCGUGAUCCAGGUUGCUAACCGCAAGGCUAGCGAUCGCUUCAUGGAUGUGGAAGAGGCGCGCGCCAGAAAUACCAUCCAGGCCGAGAGAAUGGAUACCGAGAUCUCGGACAAUAACGCCGCCCGCGACCUUGACGACGCCUGCCUGUGGUACGACUAUAUCGAGCACCCAUCCUACACGACCCCUACGCGCGUCCACGUAAGCCAGCGCGACUUUGUCGACGCCAUCGCCGAGCACACCCCCUACAUGCGCCGCGAAGGCUUCAGCUCCAUCCCCAGCACCUCCUGGUCCGAAGUCGGCGCCCUACACUCCGUCCGCGCCGCCUUCCAAGUCUCCAUCGUCCGGCGCAUCAAGGAACCCUUGCUAUUCCAGAAAUUCGGCAAGCAGCGGCCCGCGGGCGUGCUCCUCUUCGGUCCACCAGGCUGCGGCAAAACCCUCGUCGCAAAGGCCGUCGCCAACGACGCGCAGGCGAGCUUCAUUCUCAUUAAGGGCCCCGAGCUGCUCAACAAGUACGUGGGCGAGUCGGAGCGCGCGAUCCGCGAGCUGUUUACGAGAGCGAAGUCCUGCGCGCCGUGUAUCCUCUUCUUUGACGAGAUGGACUCGCUCGUGCCCAAGAGGGAGAAUACCACCACCGAGGCCGGCGCUCGCGUCGUCAACGCGCUGCUUGCGGAGCUCGAUGGCGCCGGGGACAGAGGCGAGGUCUACGUUAUUGGUACGAGUAACCGGCCUGACAUGAUUGACCCGGCCAUUCUGCGCCCCGGACGUCUUGAUAAGCUGCUGUUUGUGGAUUUGCCUACCGAGGACGAGCGCGUCGAUAUCUUGGGGACGAUUGUGCGCAACGGUAUUGGCGGGGGUGUACAAGCUCAAGGCCAGGGUGACGACGGUGAGGACGUCGUGGACGUUGAGGCGAUUGCGCGGGAUAAGCGGUGUGCUGGGUUCAGCGGUGCGGAUCUGUACGGGUUGUAUAAGAAUGCGCUGGACGAGUGUGUGUUGAGAUACGAGGGCGGAGAGCCGGCGUUGAUCAGGAGUGAUUGGGAGGCUGCGCUGAGCAAGACGAAGCCGAGUGUGCCGAACCCGGAGACGUAUAGGAGGUUGGCGAACAAGUUGCAUCAUCAGACAUAA